CUUAGCCGCAUAUAUCUUUGUGUGAUUGAGGCCGACUCCGGCUUUGGAGGACAGGUAGUGCGCUGAGGUUAUCCAUGGCAUCAGUUCAUCUUACACAACGAAUUUAACAACAAACCAGUCAGCGUGAAGUCUUACAUAAUUUUAUAUUUUGGUAGGACAGACAGACUGAAGCACAACAUGUUAAUAUUAAAAUAUCACAUGUCACUGCCUGUGGCGGUGGGUGUCAUGUUGGUGGGCUUCCCAUACUCCAUCUCUCUAGCUGCCCAGUGGAUUUAUGGCUGGCCCAACAAACCUGGAUAUAAAAAGUACAUGGAAGCUUUAAAACCAAGGCGAAUAUACUGUUUGACCAGAGCUGUCCUGGAAACUCUCAAAUAUGUGCAAUAUGGGAGACUUUACUUUCAGUGGAAGUCAUGGUACAAGAAUGACGAAAACCGUAAGCAUUAUGAAAAGGGAAUCACAUUCGGCCGCCGAGGCAACAAGCUGGACUUGUACCACCCUCCAAACGUGGGCAGGUUUGUUGAUGUGCCUGCACCACUGGUGGUUUUCAUCUACGGAGGUGCAUGGGGCUCUGGAGACAGAUCCAUUUACUGUUUGCUGGCGAGACAGAUGGCUGAAGAACUGAGUGCAACUGUCAUUUGUCCUGAUUACUGUACCCAUCCAAAGGGGAACGUUUUAGGGAUGGUCCAAGAUAUUGCUGACUGCUUGGUGUGGGCCCAAGAGAGUGGACAGAAGUUCAACUUUGACAAAGACAACAUAGUAUUAAUUGGCCAUUCAGCGGGUGCACAUUUGUGUGCACUGACCACACUGUUUCUCAUUGAUUCAAGAGAGGAGCUUUUCAUAGAGGCCUGCAAGCAGAGGGACAUUACACUGGCAAUAAGAGGAGUUAUUGGUCUGAGUGGUGUGUACAACAUUGUGGACCAUUAUGAGCAUGAGCAGAAGCGAGCUGUCGAAUAUGUCUCCACCAUGCACAAAGCCAUGAAUGGAGUGGAGAACUUCCCGUACUACUCACCAACACACAUACUGAAGAAGUUCAGCCAGGACAAACUGAACAGAGUGCCUCCAUUCGCUUUGCUUCACGGGACCAGUGACAUUAUCGUUCCUUUCGAAUCUUCCACAAAGCUCUCGGAGCUCCUCACCUCGCUGUCCGUAAAGGUGUCGCUCUACCUGCUGCCCAGAGUUGACCACACUGAGAUCGUCACCGACCUCAUGGCGUCAAACAGGCGCUACUACCAUCCCAUCUACAGCUGCAUCAAACAGGAGUACAGAAAACUUUUGGGAACCUGCUGACGUUCCAUCAGAUCAGAAAAACAUCCAUUCAUCACUAGUCUCGCAUAGCCAGACCUAUCUCCACACUUGGUUUUUGUGCUGUGCCAGCGCUGGAGAAAGGUCUGGCUGAACAUAUUAUCAUUCUGGUAUAAGGGCAAAAAACCACUCUGGCUUGUUUGUAUUUAUUUAAACAAAUCACAAUUGUCUUGGGUGGUGUAAAGCUCAGGAUGCAGCAACGGUGCCCUCGCAAAACGGUAACACGCAGAUAGCGGAAGGGGAGGAGAAUUCUGACUGAAAUACUCAGCCAAUGGCAGGCUUAUACCCACAGCCUACUUCCUGUGAGUCAGACUAAUUCAUCACUAAAAUUUACUGAUUGUGCCAUACACUUACUUUGUUUACAGUAUCUGCUCUAAUACCUCAAAAUGAAUCAUAUUUAGCCUUGAUUAGAUUCUUUAAGUUGUGAUUCUACAAUAAUAAUUUAUAUCUUUUCUGCAAUUCAGUUCUGCAAUUGUAAAUGAGUAAAUCCAGGAGUUGCAUCUGAUUGAUUUUUAAUCUAUAUUCUGAAAAAAAAACUUUCUUAGUGGACUGCAAUCUGGAUAACAUCGUUCUAAUAAUGUCUUGUAGAAAUGUUAUCUGGAUUUCACUAAAGUGAAAUAAGUAAACAUGAAGUGAAAUCAGUCGUGAAGCAACAACAGUAUUAUGGAAAAAGUAAAGCACACUAAUACAUAGUGUUGAGACUGGAGUCCAGUUAGCUAAUCUGUUCCUCUGUUUCUCUGCCAACUAUGUUAUACUGACAUCGCAGCAUUUUGAUUCAUUAACUUGCAUGUUUUUAUCAAAUGAAACUUUUUCUUGAUUUAUUGUAAUAUCAUUUGUUUAAUAACUAUUUAUUGAUCCCAGACACAUUAAACCCACCUGAAGGAACUGA